AUGUCCGAUGCGUUUUGCAGCGACUGCAAGCGAGCGACGGAUGUGGUGUUUGACCACUCCGCCGGCAAUGCAGUCUGUUCAGAGUGUGGUCUUGUCUUGGGAUCUCACUCCAUCGAUGAAACCUCCGAGUUGCUAACCUUUGCUAACGAAUCUGUCAAUAACCAUCAUGUUCGUGUCGGUGGUCCCAGUAACCCUCUCCUCAUUAUUGAUACUAUGACUGAGAAGUUGGGACUGGUUCCGACCAUUAAGGACCGAGCUAUUGAGAUAUAUAAGCUGGUUGCAAAUCAGAAGUAUAGUAAGGCAAGAAACCAGGACGCAUUAUUGGCUGCUUGCCUCUACAUUGCUUGUCGACAAGAAGACAAGCCACACACUGUAAAGGAAAUUUCCUCGAUUGCUAUUGGAGCCACCAAGAAGGAAAUUGGCCGCGCAAAACAAUACAUCAUGAAACAACUAGCUUUGGAGAAUGGUGGUCAAUCUGUAGAAAUGGGAACAACUCAUAUUGGGGACUUUAUGGGACGAUUUUGUUCGAAUCUUGGUAUGAAUCAUCAAGCUGUUAAAGCUGCUAAUGAAUCUGUUCAGAAUUCAGAAGAAUUUGAUAUAAGGAGAAGUCCCAUAUCAAUUGCUGCAACAGUUAUAUACAUCAUAACUCAGCUUUCAGAUGAUAAAAAAUCCCUGAAAGAUAUAUCAGUUGCUACAGGGGUUGCGGAAGGAACCAUUAGGAACUCAUACAAGGAUCUUUAUCCCCGUGUUUCAAAGAUAAUACCAACCUGGUAUGCAAAGGAAGAGGAUCUGAAGAACCUUUGCAUCCCUUGA